CCCUUGUAUUUUGUGGAUUUGCAGGAUGACUUAGAUGAUUUUGGGUUUGAAGAUUAUGGACCAGACUGUGAUAGCAUGAGGAUAACAGCAUUCUUGGAUAUUCCUGGACAGGAUAACUUAACUCCACUGGCUCGUCUAGAAAAGUAUGCCUUCAGUGAUAACAUAUUUAACAGGCAAAUUAUUGCCAGAGGUCUUUUGGAUGUCUUUCGAGAUUUCAGUAAUAAUGAAGAAGACUUCCUGACUGUAAUGGAAAUAGUGGUCAGGCUCUCUGAAGAUGCAGAACCAACUGUACGUACAGAGCUGAUGGAACAAAUACCUCCUAUUGCCAUUUUUCUGCAAGAAAGUCGACCAAACUUCCCAACAGCAUUUUUUGAGUACCUUAUGCCCAUAGUAGUGAGAUACCUCACAGAUGUUAACAAUCAGGUUAGAAAGGCAGGUCAAGAAGCCCUGCUUAUACUGCUGGAACAAGAUCUUAUUGCGCAGAGUGACAUUGAAAAUAAGGUGUGUCCAAUUCUGCUGGACCUCUCUGCCCCUGACAGUGAUGAUGAAUACAAGGUGGAAGCUGUGAAUAUAAUCUGUAAAAUGGCUUCUAUGUUGAGCAGAACAACAGUUGAGCAUAUGCUCCUUCCUCGUUUCUGUGAACUGUGCAGUGAUGGGAAAUUGUUUCAAGUCCGAAAGAUUUGUGCAGCUAAUUUUGGUGACAUUUGUAAUGCAGUCGGGCAAGAAGCCACAGAAAGACUGCUGAUUCCCAAGUUCUUUGAACUCUGUUCUGAUAGUGUUUGGGGAAUGAGAAAAGCUUGUGCUGAAUGCUUUAUGGCAGUGUCUUACACCACAUCCCCAGAAGUUCGCAGAAGCAAACUAUCCCCAUUGUUUAUCAGUCUUAUUAGUGACACUUGCAGAUGGGUUCGUCAGGCUGCUUUUCAGUCUCUUGGCCCAUUUAUUUCUACCUUUGCCAACCCUUCAAGUGCUGGUCUUUACAUUCGAGAAGAUGGGACGCUGAGUAUCCGACCAUCAAUGCAAGACGUGAAUUCCAAUUCCUGUCAGCCAAGCAACAAUAUAACAUUAAUGUCCUCCAGUACAAAUGCUACGUUGUCCAGUUCAGAACAACCAAUGGAAAUCAAACCAGAAUCAUCGACUGAGGAGACUUCAGCUGAAGUUAAUACAAAGCUCUCAGUUGAGAACCUAAAUAUAGAGACACAGGAAGAAAUUUCAGAUUGUUGUACCAAUCCUGGAGAAGAUGUGUCUCGAUUGUCUCAGGGUGACAGAGUUGCUGCUGGUGUCAUAGAAGUCACUAAGGACAGCAGUUUUCCUGGAAUGAACUCAAGGCUACAGUCUGCUGAGGACAUAUUUAAUACUUUUCUAUACUGGCGCCCUCCUCUGCCUGAUAUAAGUCAGGAUCUGGAGUUGCUUCAGUUCAAGACUGAAAAGCACAAAGAUAGCUGUUCUAUGCCAUGUAAUAACUGUGUUGCUAGUAGUGAAAUAAAAAAGGUUCUAGAAAGCUUACAAGAGCACAUAGAUGAUCCAGAUGUUCAAGCUCAGGUCCAAGUGUUGUCUGCUGCUCUCAGAGCUGCUCAGUUUGAUUCUGUUGGUGACUAUGAGACCAAAAAAAAUGAAGAAAGCAGUGUCAAACUUCAGAACAAAACUAUUUCAGAUGAAACAGCUGUUUCAGAUGCUACCUGCAACCACAUGGAGGAGGAUGCUCUUUCAUCCACUGCCUCCCAGGAUAACAUCAGUGACCAGUCUACCACCAGUAUACUGAAAAACACAGACUUGGAGGAACAACACAAAGGAACCAGUGUAUUUUUAAAGAAAGAGCAAGAAAAUAAUCCACCACUUGAAGAUGACAAGUCAAAAUUACAGGAUAUCAUACCCCAACCUUUAUUAGACCAGUACUUGUCAAUGACCGACCCAGCUCGAGCCCAGACUGUUGAUACUGAAAUAGCCAAACACUGCGCCUAUAGUCUUCCGGGGGUGGCCCUAACACUGGGCAGGCAGAACUGGCACUGCCUGAAAGAUACAUAUGAGACGCUGGCCUCAGAUGUACAGUGGAAGGUACGUCGGACGCUGGCUUUCUCCAUACAUGAACUAGCAGUUAUUCUGGGGGAUCAGCUGACAGCUGCUGAUCUGGUGCCAAUUUUCAAUGGAUUCUUGAAAGAUCUGGAUGAAGUCCGUAUUGGUGUCCUUAAACAUCUGUAUGACUUUCUAAAGUUACUUCAUGCAGACAAAAGGCGAGAGUAUCUUUACCAACUUCAAGAAUUUGUAGUGACUGAUAACAGCAGGAACUGGAGGUUUCGUUACGAGCUCGCAGAGCAGCUCAUCCUGAUACUGGAACUCUACAAUCCCAAUGAUGUCUAUGACUACUUAAGACAUAUUGCACUAACUCUCUGCUCCGAUAAAGUUUCAGAAGUUCGGUGGAUCUCCUUCAAACUGGUUGUAGCAAUUCUGCAGAAGUUCUACGCAAACAAUGCAGAUGCACUGGGAUUAAAUUUCAUUAAUGAACUUGUAGUGCGGUUUCGUCACUGCUCCAAGUGGGUUGGAAGACAAGCUUUUGCCUUCAUUUGUCAGGCCGUAGUAGAAGAAGAAUGUAUGCCUGUCGACCAGUUUGUUGAACACUUACUCCCCAGUCUUUUAAGUCUGGCUUCUGAUCCUGUGCCAAACGUAAGGGUUCUGCUCGCCAAGGCUCUAAGGCAGACGUUAUUGGAGAAAGCUUAUUUUAAAAGUGUUGGCAAUCCUCAUCUAGAAGCUGCGGAAGAGACCAUUCUAGCCCUGCAAUCUGACAGAGAUCAAGAUGUGUCCUUCUUUGCCACCAUAAAACUAAAACAGGGUAACAUGGACAAUACUGCCAUCGGAAAACAAAACUAAUGUGUUUUUCUGCAGUAAAUGCUGAACAUCAAAGUGGUUAUUCACCUUAUGGUCACGGUCAGUAUGAAUAAUGUGGACAA